AUGGCGACCACACCACCACCGCCCUCGCCGUCAACCUUGCGAUGCCCCCCAACUCCACGACACGGUGCUGGAUAUGAUCAGUAUGAGCCGUACUCGACGCGACACUCAGCCAGAUUAGCAAGCCAACGGACAUCGCGAGACAGAAACACGACUCCCCCGCCUAGUUUUCCGUCCCACGCGCAAUCCAAAUUCAAGGCUGGAAAGAAACAAAGCGAUGCUGAACCAGAGACUCUGUCGCCCCCUAAAUCUGCUCAGACCUCUCCCAGGAAGAAGCGGCUGGCCCGUGAUGGCUCUUCCACCAUUCCCGAUUCACUGGGCGGUCCCUCUGGCCUUGACACAGACCCCUUCAGCUCAGACUCUCUUCAUUCACAGCGUCUGCUUCACCCACACACAGCGACGAUGACUGAGGGAAUGCUUCCCACACCAGCCAAGACCCCCAGGAAAAAGCCAGUUGGAGACGUUGGAACCACUGCCCGCUCCCUCUUUCCCCCCAGUUCCAGCACCGGUCGCAAGAAAACAAAGAAACACACAGGCUUCUCCUUGGACAGUUUUGAAGAGAGCGGCCCUAGCGGCAGUCAGAUCCAGAUCUACACCGAUUCCCGCGACCGGAUCCCCGAAGUCGCUCAGAGCGAAAACAACUUAUUCUCCAAAAAGCCGGCACCCAGCAUGCCAACUACACGUUCUUCGAGGCGCAGAGAUGGUGGAAAGCGGGACAAAGAGGUCGACGAAGCCAUCGAUCGUGAGGAUGGCAUGGUCUAUGUCUUCCGAGGCAAGAAGACUUUCCGCAAGUUCCACGAAGAACCCCAGAGCGAAGAAGAGGAUGAAGAAGAUGACGAUCUGGGCCUGCUAGCGUCCCGCCCAGAUCUCAUUGAUUCGUCCGUUGUGGCUAACAUUCGCCCUCUGACUCGUUCGUCGAUCAAACCGCGGGUACUCUUCCCGAGGAAGGCCAAACAUCGCAUGCCACCAGCAACCCAUGACGACCACGAGGAAGAGGCGGCUACGGAUAUCGAAGACCACGCCGUGGCUACCGACAACGAGAAUGCAGACAGCAGUGAUCAUGUGGCGGAUGUGGACAUGCCUCAGCGUGCGGAGACCCCGACCAUGGACUCAGCCGUUGAAACCCCCGAAUCUCCCGGCGCGACGAUCCGUUCCCUACGUCCUCGGGGCAAACGCGACAUUCUCGAAAGCGGCGAGACGCCUACCGCAACGGCAGGGAAGAAGCGUGGCAGUCCCUUCGACGGCUGGCUGCGGAAGAAGGCCACACCCGCCGUGGCAGCUUCCAAGGCCAAGAAGCGGGAUGCCGCCGAGUCCUCAGGAAGUCCCAUCGGGCCAGCGGCCAAGAAGACGAGGAGCACCCGGGCUCAUGCUGCAUCAUAA